AUGAGUGUAUAACCUAGAUUAAGUCCAAAGAAUUACAAAAAAUAUAGCAUCUUUAAUGAUUCAAUCAAUAUAAGAACAUCUCGUAACACAAGCUUUGAUUAUGAAUUUUAAAAGAGAAGGAAUUCCAACUUAAAGUUCAAAAAUUCUGGUAGUGUUUUAAGAGGUUCUAAAGCUAAUGAUUUUAUGGGAAAUCUCAUAGCACAUUUUUAAUAUGUAUAAAUAUUCUCUAUAAUAAAUUAUAGGGUUAAAAUGCAUUUAGAGAAAAGAAUUUAAUUGAAGCUAUUAAAUACUAUAAUGAAUGUAUAUUAAUAGAUUCUUUACAUGUACCUAGUAGAUAUAUGUUGGGAGUAUGUUAUUUCUCUUAAAAUUAAUAUGAAAAAUGUAUUAAAGAACUUAAAUUUGUUAAAGAACAAUAACCAAAUUACAAUAAAAAUGUAUAUAUAAUACUUGCACUUGGUUAUAAAAAGUUAAUGUAAUUAGAUUGGUCUAUCAGAACAGUAAUAAAUUUAUUAUCAUAAUAGUUAGAUGAAUGUUUAUAGUUUUAUCCACAAUGUUAUGAUGCAUUGAUAUUCAAAGGCAAAUUAGAACUUAAAUUAAGGAGAUUCUAAGAUUGUGAAUCAACAUUAAAAUAAGCUAUUAGAAUAAAUUCAAAAAGAUCAACAGGAUAUCAUUAUUUUGGAGAUUGUUAAAGAUUGUAAAAUAAUUUGGAUUUAGCAAUUAAGAAUUAUUAAAUAGCAUUACAAUUUGAUACAAGUGAUAAAUCUAAAUUAAACAUUUUAAAAAUAUCUAUAUGUCUUUAUGAAAUGGCAAAUUAUCAGUAAGCUUUAUAGAUGAUUGAUUAGGUAUUAUAUUUUGUUAAUUAGUAUUUAAGCUUAGAUGAAUAAUCAUCUGAAGCAAACAAAUUGAAGGGAUAAAUAUUAUAUAAACUUGGAGAAAAGUCAGAAAGUUAAUUAUAUUAUGAAUAAGCCAUUUAAAACAAUAAUUCUAGAAAUGCUGUCUCUAAAGCUAUGAUAGAAAUUAGUAAAUUUAAAAUAGAAUCUAAAGAUUAUUAUUCUUUAUAUCAUACACUUUUAAGAACUGAAUAUUUAGAUGUUGAUAAAUAAUAAUUAUAACCUUAUAUCUAAUUUUCUGAAGCUGUUGUUUGUUUAAUGAAAAAGAAUUAUACAUAAGCAGAUGAAGCAUUUAAAAUAUUAGAAUAAUUAGAAAUUCCAAUUCUUAUAUAAGAUAUCUAUCAUUCAUAUUUAGGAUAUUUAAAUAUGAUGCUUAAUAAUUUUGAAGAGGCAUUAAAAGAUUUUAAAAAGAAUAAAUCUUUACCAUAUAAUUAAAUAAUAUGUGAAGGAAUUAUUAAUUUUAAUUCAUUUUAAAUUGCUUAUUCUAAAUUUGAUUAAGCAUUAAAUUACAAUUAGAUUGAUCCAAAUAUGUAUAAAGCAAUAUUAUUAAUAAAGGAAGGAUUAAAGGAAGAGAAUUCUGAUUAUGUUAAUAAUUCAUUGUAAUGUUUAAUUAGAGCAUAAUAACAUAAUUAGAAUAAUUCUUAAUUGAUGUAUUUAAAAUCAUUAGCAUAUAUGUUAAUGGACAAUAUUGAAGAUGCAUACAAAGAAAUAUUAACAACUAUUGAAAAGGCAGAUGAAAAUUUAGCUGAUCAUUAUUAUUUGAAGGGAUUAAUCUUGGCAUUAAAUGGAGAUAUCUUAAAUGCAGUCUAAGAUUUUUCAGUCUGUUUAGGAAUUGAUGAUUAAUAUUAAAAAGCCUAUUUAUAAAGAUCAAAAUGCUAUUCAUAUUUGGGAGAAAUGUAAUCAGCUUUUGAUGAUAUGAACAGUUAUAUUUAAUAUGUAGAUGACUUUUUGAGUGCAGGCAAUCUGUUAUAUAAUAGUAAAAUGUAUGAAGAAGCAUAUAAAACAUAUAAAUAAGAACAAAAUUCAACAUUUGAACAUAAAUAAUAGAUGGCAAUUUGUUUAUUUUAAUUAGAGUAAUUUGAUGGAGAGGAAAUUCAAGAAUUUAUAAAAGAUAAAUAAUUUGAUCAAAAUAUGAUUCAUGCUUAUUAACAAAUACUAAAAUAUGAAUAUGAUUUAGCUAUCUUAACCUUAUAAAAAAAGGUUGAUCCUUAAACAUCCUUUUUCUUUAAUAAAUAAUAUCUACAUUAAUAUAAAGGCAUUUGUUAUUUAUAUUUACAGAAAUAUUAAGAAGCAAUUUAAGAAUUUGAAAGAUGUAUUUAAUAGACUAAAUCAGAGACUCUUAUUUAUAUAACAAAUUAUAAUAUUAUGUUUUGUUGGAUGAUGUUAAAGAAAUUUAAAUAUUCUCAUACUCAAUUAGAAUAAUUAAUUAAAAUUUCAGAAUAGAAGCAUGUCUUACUAACUAUUAGAAAUCUUUUAAUUGAUUAAACAGAAUUUAUAUUGUCAGAUAAUCCAUAAGGAAUAGAAAUUAUGUUAUCAGAUACAAUUAAAUUAUAACCAUUUGUGUCAACAUAGUAUACAAUUUAUCCAUAUUUCUCAUUACCUAUUCCUUAAUUAAAAGAUAUGACUCCCUAAUUUGAUUUCAAAAUAAUCUAAUCCUUAAAUGUAAUCUAUUGUAAUAAUAAAUUAAGGCAUAAUCAAUUGAAUGUAGACCUGAAGCUCCAUGGAUUAGAAGAAAUUAAAGUGGUGUGUUAUUUACUGAUAAUUUGUAGUAAUGUGAAUUAAGUUAAACAGAAAACAGUUCUCCAGAAAACUGA